GUGGGAUGGGCGGGAGGGACCCAAAAUGGCGGACGCAGCCCCGCCCCCGCAGGUGAGCGCGGGGCGGCACUCCCGAGGCCAGUGCGAUUGGUCAGCGGUGCCGUCAGUCACCCGUUGCCGCGGCAACGCGGACCCGUCCCGCGACCCGCUCUCGGCUCCUGAUUGGCUAACGCGCGGGGUGACGCGCGCGCGGGGGUUUUACGGCCCCGGGCUUCGGGAAUUGCCUGGAGAGGGCGGGUGGUGGGUCGGGCGGACGGAGGUGUCUGUAGCCGCCAUGACGUUCAAGCGUAGCCGGGACCGUUUCUACAGCACUCGCUGCUGCGGCUGCUGCCAUGUGCGCACCGGGACCAUCAUUCUGGGCACCUGGUACAUGGUGGUGAACUUGCUGAUGGGCAUCUUGUUGACAGUAGAAGUGACUCAUCCAAAUAUAGUGCCAACAGUUGAUAUCCAGUAUGAAGUCAUUGGAAAUUACUAUGCUUCCGAGAGAAUGGCUGAAAAUGCCUGCGUUUUGUUUGCCAUCUCCCUCCUCAUGUUCACAAUCAGUGCAAUGAUGGUGUAUGGUGCCAUUGCUCAUCGUGUAGGCUGGCUGAUCCCAUUUUUCUGUUACCAACUCUUUGACUUUGUGCUCAGUUGUCUGGUUGCCAUCAGCUCUCUAACCUACUUGCCCAGAAUCAAGGAUUACCUGGAUCAGUUGCCGGAUUUCCCUUACAAAGAUGACCUUCUUUCCUUGGACUCCAGCUGUCUCUUGUUUAUUGUUCUGGUGUUCUUUGCCUUAUUUAUCAUUUUAAAGGCAUAUCUAAUUAACUGUGUAUGGAACUGCUAUAAAUACAUCAGCAACAGAAAUUUGCCAGAGAUCGCUGUGUACCCUGCUUUUGAAGCUCCUCCACAGUAUGUUCUGCCAACCUAUGAAAUGGCAGUGAAGAUGCCUGAGAAGGAACCUCCACCUCCCUACAUACCUGCCUGAAGCAAUUUUUAUGUUAAUUAACAUCUGUACCAGCUUCCUGGAGGUUUUGUCUUUUAAUCUUGCAAAACUGCUUAAGUAAUAGAAAUAUUCAGGGCUUUUAGGAGCAAACUGUUCUGUUUAAAAUAUGUUUGAUAUAAACUUACUAAGCAAAACACAUCUGAGAGUGAUUUUGUUUGCUUUAAUUUUUGUUCUCCUUAAUGCUCUUAAACAUUUUAUUGCCUUAGGGCCUUACACUGCAAGAACUUAUGCAUGUGACUAACUUGUGGCUUUUAAUAAUACCAACUGAGCCACUCUGAUUGAAGUUAGCUACAGUUAUAAGUGUCUGCAGGAUCAUGCCCUUAAUUUAUAUUAAUUUUUUGUAAAGUAGUUCAUAAAGACAAUCUGAUCGUACAGCAAAAUGACAGUUUGCCUUUAUCAAUUUUUUGGAAGGGGAGGGGUUUGAAUGUGGUAUAUACGUGACUUUUUUUACUUUGCACUUUUCUCAUAUGUUAUCUUACCUUUUAUUGUGUUUUUGUUGGUUAUCCUAUGUCUUGAAACAUAGUAUUUUUGAGGAAGAAGUGAGAUGGCACAGGAGUACUAUUACAACAUGCUGUGAAUGCAAGAAAAAUAAAUAGAAAUGUGGAAGAUGGUUGCAUGCUUCUAAUCUUCUAUGUAUUUUCCUCUUUGUGAUAAAUGAUACUUAAAUAAAUCUUUUACAAAAUGUUUACCAUA